AUGGGUCUCGAAAAGCUCUUCGCUGUCGCAGCGCCUAAGAAAGGAUCAUCGAGAUCAUCGUCGAAUCAAACGUCUAUAGCACCGAUGCAUCUCGAGCAAAUCUUUCGAUUUCCUGGAGUCUUGACCGAAGUUUCGAGCGUUGUCAAGAAUCUAUCAGAAGGUUACACAACAUAUCAAAAUGGGGCAGCGCUUAGGAAUCAGCUGGAAUCCGUUGUGCCGGAGGUGCAAACAUUUGCUUCAGGAAUGAACCGAUAUUUGAAGAACAAGAACUGGUUGGAUUUGUUUCAAACCUUCCUGGUGGGGGCGAAUGUUGUCGCUGCUUUCAUGGAAGUACUGCAGGGUUCGUCGGGUCUUGAAGAAAUCGGGUUAAAAAUUUAUGGCGAACUCGAAGCACAGACAGGACUUGCUGCCCCUGACAAAUUCGCGAAGCAUGUUGACAAGUAUAUCCGGAAAGAGGCAGCGAGUGUCUAUGGUGGUGAUGAGGAGCAUCUCUAUUUUCUUUAUCACCCAGAUACAGAUUGGCACGGCGAGUUCCACGACAUCGUUCAAAAUAAACCGGUGCCAAGUAAUUUUGUCGGCAUGUCCGAGAAUCUUCACGCCCUGUGUACUUGGAUGUUAUUUAUGCGGAAACGACUUGAGAGAUCAAGGAUUAAUGCACGUUUUCAUCUCCUGAUCCCUGCGUAUAGACCCAUGGUUGUUAGAACGGCUUUCGUCUUUCCAGAAGAACUCUACCCUUUGACCGUCCGUGGACAUAUUCAUAACUCGAAAGAAUAUGUCUGGUUAAAUCUCCCUACGAUGAAAGAUGUUCCUUCCGACUUGUUCGAAAUGUCAAAUGUGGGCAAUAUUGCUGCUUUACCAAAGCCACCGGCACUAUGGCAGCAUGCUUUAACCUGGGUAGGGAGUAUGGUAAUGCCGAGAAAAGAGCCACCCCCAAUAGUUCUUGGAAGGGGAAACGUUAGUCCUAAUGCUCCUAUCUCAUUGGAAGAUAAUGAAGACGAGAAACUCGAAGCUCCAGAGGAUAUCCACAUUCAACCUGAAACACGACAGAUAGUGAGAGGUGAGAAGAGACGAAAGCACCGAAGUUCACGACCGAAGGGCGACUUCAAACAAUAUUGA